AUUAAACAACCCGUGUAGGGUUUCACAUAGAGUACCCAAAAGAAGUCGACGUUGUAGUAAAUUUUAUUUUGGAGUUUCGUACCGGAAAUAGCUGUGGCGUCUGUACCCUUAUUUUAAGUGCUUGCUGUCAGAAUUUGUAGUCUCGUCCACAACUUAAGAAAGACCGCACCGCCUUGUGAGUUAUGUCUCGUAGGAGUUGUCGCCUGGUGUCCACCGGUUACUACAACUCUGAUGACGAAUCAGACUCGAGUAGUGUGACAAACAUUUCGUACAGAGAGAACCCAGUCAAGGUUUUCAAGAAGAAGGCCGGCACACGCAAGGCCGCCUCCCGCACCUCCAGCAGAGCCAACAGCAAUGCUAGCUCGACAAACCUUGAGUCACCUGUUGCCACAGCCAGGAGACCUUCUUUGAGCACCCAGACGGACCUGUCAAUGAGGACUGUGGCCUACACCACCCCAAGGGCCACCCCUCGGCCAUCCCUCACCCAAGCAGCAUCGCCCACACAUCAGACCCCCGCCCACUCCCCGACGCCGCCCCCAGAUAGGUUUCGCAGUUCCAGCCAAACAGUACUGUACCUGCGACCCGACCAGAAUAAGAGCUGCAUAGACAGCUCGGGCUACUCCUCCUCUGAGGGAGCCAAUCUUAGACCGCCGGCUACCACCGCUAGAACUUGCACCACCAGCUCCACCUCCACUACCAGCAGCAACAAAGUCAGAAGUAACAUUGGGUCUACCGGCGUUGGAUACAGACUUCGACUCAACAACGCUGCCUAUAGUUUUAAGGAGUCCCUAUCAGCGAUGACCACGAAAAUAAUACAUCUGACAUCUUUAGCCACUAAAUGCUUACUCAGCAACCAAUCAAAGAAGAUUUGCAUUUAUGUCUUCCUUCUUGUUGCCGUUCUUGCCUGUGUUUGGUUCCUUCCUCCAUUGUUGCCCCCUCUCACCUCCAUCAUGCUCUUCAUAAAGAACCCGUCAGAGGCCACCAAGCUCAUGCAUCAACAUGUUCAACCCCCCAUUCUGUCUUCUCAGCCAAACACCAUACAGCCCACAUCUGCAACGGAUUCUGCCUUUCCCUCUGUUCCUUUUGAUGUGGAAGCAAAGAUGCAGCAUCUUUUGGAGGAUCUGCAGCUGAAACAGGAGCUCCUCUACAAGAUCAAGGAGCAAUUUGAGAUGGAUUUACAGAGUAUGAGAGAUGAUCUUAAAGCAGUAGAGGCGAGCAGUGGGUUGCACCUUGAUCAAGAGGUCACUAUACUGGGAAAGCGGAUACAUGACCAGAAGCAAGAUUUCCACAGGGUCUUCUCCACUCUCAGUGCCAGAAUUCAAGCUGUAGAAGCCCACAAUGCUGAGUUGUCUAAGGAGGUGUCGUCCAUCCAGUUGCUGCCUCCUCCGGUGCCUUGCCCUGACAUCAGUGCAACCUCCAACCAAAAACAACUCACAUCAGAGCUCCAGCAGGCCAUGGAGAAGUGGCUCACUGACCGCAUCCAGGCUCAGGAUGCAAUGAGACUACAGGACAAGAGAACCCACUCAGACCUGCAGCCCGUUGCUAACAAAAUGGCUGACUUCGCCUUGGAAACUCAAGGUGCCAGCGUGAUCAGUACCCGCUGUUCUAACACAUAUCAGACCCGCACUGCAUGCGUCACCUUUUUUGGAAUCCCAUUGUUGUACCCCACAGAAAGCCCCCGCACUGUCAUUCAGGGCCACCCGGUGAUGCUUCCAGGCAAAUGUUGGGCUUUCCAUGGCGUCCAGGGGACGCUCGUCAUCGCCCUGUCUCACCCCAUAAAGAUAACACACGUGACGCUGGACCACGUACCACGCUAUAACACCCCCAAUGGUCGCAUUGACUCUGCACCCAAGGACUUUGCCGUCUACGGGAUGAGGAACGAAGUGGAAGAAGGAACGCUGCUGGGAACAUUCACGUACAACAAGGAUGGCGAGCCCACGCAGACUUUUGAGAUUCCCAACCCCAGCGAUGUAGUCUAUCAAGUUGUGGAGCUGCGCGUCCUCAGCAACUGGGGUCAUGUAGAGUAUACGUGCCUCUACCGCUUCCGCGUGCACGGCAUCAUGGCGGCCGCCACAUGAUUGCAGGUGGUGAGUUCCACCACUAGAGGCCGCUAAAUAAAUUUUUUGCACUGGUUCUUGAAAGAGAAUUCUUUCAAGAGUCGUCAUUAUACAGCAAAAUGCUUUGUUGAUACAAAAGAAAGCAGUGUGGAGGUACAUACUUUUUAUUGAACAGGCGCAAUACAUAUCUCAUAAUUUAAAAUCUUUACUAAAGUUUUACUUUGCCUGCUGAAAGAAUUUUCUCCUAUUAAAUUCAGGCUAAAAUGAAACAUCUCCACCUUAACUAUUCAUUUUCUUCUUGUUAUUUAAAAUACUUGAACACCUUUUCUUUCUAGCAACGUGUUGAUCCAUGAUUCUAAUCUUUAAAAAGAAAAAAGACAAAAAAAAAACUGGAAUUGUAAAUAAAUCAGAAGCCAGGAAAAAAAAUGUAUUUGUUUGACAAAGAAUAUACUUGUGUCUGUGUUACAGGACUUUAAUGCAGAAAUUAAAAUGUGUGGUGAACGAUAGAAAUGUCUGACUGCCGCACCGAAAAGAAAAACUUGGAAAAUGUCAGAAAUAAACUUGCUACAUGACUAAAUUGAGAGAGUAAAAUCUGUUUUCAUCGUAGUUAAGAUGUAUAUUUAAAAAAAGGAAUAAUAGGACACUAAAGUUGUAUUUUAAAUAUAUAUUUUUAUAUUACCUUAGUGCUAUACAAAGUAUAAUAAAGUCCCACUUAAAUCUAACUAAAUUAUGACUUAAUUGUCACCAUGUCAUAACUUAAUUAUUGUAAUAUUUAAACAUUUUACCUUUUUACAUUAAAUUCAGUCUUCUUACUCUAUUCCCGAAUAUGUCAUAAGGCAAAAUUUAAAUGUUUCUCUUCUCGUAAAAUCACAAAUUUAUUGUUACUAAAACCUUGUUUUCAUAACUAUUGAGCUAGUGUUGGGUACACAAGACCUUUGUGAGUGUGUGUCACACUAGCAGCAUUGACACCACACUGAUACCGUGUUGGUGUCGUUUUUGUUUUUUGUAAGAAUAUUAAGGAUCAAAAUGAUCUGACUCUGUGGAACUUUUAAGUUUUCUUAGUUCCAUUUAGAUCGUUGUCUUCUUUCAGGAUGAGUUGUUAUUUGUGCGUGAGCCGAAAUGAAGCAUUUCCUCUGUUUGGCGCCUCACAAACGACACAGCAGUCCUAUCCGACCGGUCAUGUGUCUUUUCUCUUAGGCUCACACAUCAAGUUGUAUCACUUUAAUCAGGCAUCAAUAAUUCUGUAUUGUUUGACCCAUCACAAAUUAGGACGUUACAUUUUUAAUGUCAGAGCUUUAUUUUCAAUGCCGUCAAGAACGAUAGGACUUUUCCAAAUGUAAAACACGACUUUAUUUUCCCAAUAUUACAAAUGUAUUUUUGUAAAAUAUUGUAACUUUAUUGUAAUUUAAUUAAUUUAGUAUAAAUUUACAACAAUUCCUCUAUAUUUUAGUAACAUUGUAGUAGCGCUGUGCGGUAUACCGCAGGGGUCGGCAACCCGCGGCUCUUUGAUCACUCUGCUGUGGCUCAGCUGUAAACUUGCCGAAUUUACCGGGAGAUUUCUGACCUCAGUGCCUUCCUCUAAAAGUGUCUGAGGUUUGCAUACUGUGACUUUCACUCGGACAGCAACAUUAAGGGCGGUCCGUGAUGGUAACAUCCAUAACAUCUUCUAAUAUAUGUAGCUGUGCCCGCUGUUACACAACACUGUGCGUGCCGGUAGGUUACGUAUUGUGUGAAACCUCUAUUACAAUCCUCAAGCGAUUGCAAGGCAUACUUGUUCAACAGCCUUGUAGGUUACACUGAGGGUUGUGAUAUAAACAGCUUUAACACUCUUACAAAUUUGCGCCACACUGUGAACUCUGACUCUUCCAGGCUACAAUAUACACCUCGCUACCACCACCCCCUCUCCCCUCCUGCGUCGGUUGAGGUGGGCGGGGUUGAGGGGAGGGUUGCAUUUGUUAUAUUGUGGUACAGUGCGGAUGUUUUCCCAAAAUUUAUUUGUCAUUCUCAUUUGGUGUGGGUUCACAGUGGCGCAUAUUUGUAACAGUGUUAAAGUUGUUUAAACCGGCACCCUCAGUGUGACCUGGAUGGCUGUUGAACAAGAAUGCCCUGCAGUUGCAUGUGUGCGAGCGUGUGCAGAGGUCACAUCCCACGCGUUACCUGACUGGUAAGCUGUUUUGUACAAUUUGUCGAGGACACUAAAGACAGUACCAUCGUAGCACGCCCUUAUUUCUGUUGAUUAGGUUUUGCUCAGCACACGUCCGAGGGAAUAGUCACUUUGUAACCCGCGAGUCUCCCGGUCAAAUCGGGAGGAAUUGUAUGCGUGAUGUUAACAAGGGACAUUCAUAUAAAACUCACUGUCCGCACUAACAUCAAACCUUCAUAUUUAAUUGCGGGCCGCGUGUCUGAGACCCCUGGUUUAUACAUAGCACAAAGCAAAAAAAAACAACUCUGUAUACAGUGUUUUUUUAUUAUAAAUUUCAAGAGUCUUGUGGCUCCCACUAUUUUCUUUAUUUUGUGAAACGGGUCAAAAUGGCUCUUUGAGUGGUAAAGGUUUGCCAACCCCUGUUAUACCGGUAUUAGUAUAGUACCGCGAUAAAGUAAGCAGAUAGUAGCAGUUUAGCGACUUCUGGUAAUACUGAAACGUUAUUCUCGUAAAUAUUAUCAUUAAUUCCAUAAAUAUCGGCUGUUUUAAAAAAUUACAACUCGUCUCCUGAUAAUAUCAAUACUUGAUUCAUAAAUGUGUGAGUUCUUAAAUGACCACUAUUUUUGCAAAUACUUUAUUCUUAUAUUGUUAGGACUUUAGUCCUGGGCAUGACAUUAAACUGUAUCCAUGCAGAGUGGGAAGGUCUUGCGUGUGAUCAAACUGUGAUCCCUUUAAAAAGCGCACAGAUGGCCGUUAACCUUACCACUCAGUCUGAAUGGCGAGUGCGAUGGGCACCACAAAGCUUUGCGAGCCCUUUGGGUAACUUGUGUUUUGGAACCUUCGAGUCACUGGCAGAUAACCACAGCCCACCCAGCAGUUUGUUAUAAGCACCCCAACUAGAACUAGCCAUGCCGUUGCCGUAAAAUGAUUUCCAUAAGAUGGAUACAUUCGUGUAGCAGUCUGCGUUGUUUCCUCAUACCUUGCGUGAAUAGGCGUCAGCAUGAAAUGCGAGCAUGCUAACCACCAAGCUAAAAGCCGUGGCUAUCUGCUCAGAUAGCCGCAACAUAUUCAUGGGCCGGACAAACUGGCAAGUCUGUAAAACUUGCACACAGUUUUGGAUGCCUCUGUUCGCUGUGUUUUGUAAUCUGGCUACGUCAUGACAUCACCACGAGCUGGAUGUACUACUUUAGUAAGUAAAUGUCACAAAAAAUGGUAGGAUGAAAUAUUAUUGACAUCUAAUCAUGCACAUGAUACCAGACGUGCAACAUGCGGAGACAUUUUAAUGCAGCUCUGAAUGGAUCAGCGAGUGUGCAGGUGUACCUAAUGGUGUGACUAAGUGAAUCUUUAAGUUAAUUCCGACCGUGUCCGGGUAAAAAGAAAAUAUUAGCGAUGAUAUUAAGGUAUAUUCUUAAAUUAUGUGCAUUUUAAAAGCUAAAUUAUACUUUUGGAGAGGGCGGGGUGUGGUUUCAUUUGUAAUCCGGGAACGCCUCCACACAAGCAUGCCGAAAAUGUGCCUGGGGCAAAAUGUGUUCACAAUCUAUAAUUAAUAAAUACACAAGGAAGUGUUUUAAAUGUAGAUUAAAAUCAUCAUAGGUCAAAACAAAUGUACUUUACAGAAAUAUAAUUUAUUUUACAAAAAUAUGUGACUUAAUGUACUAUAAUAUAGUUUUUUUCCUCUAAAGAAUAUUAUUGUGUAACUUAAAUCUGACAUUAUUUGUUUUUUUCGUUUUGGUGUGGCCUUAAUAUUUAUUUGGAGAAAAAUGCUUCCAUGUAUUUGAAAUGUAAAUGACCUGCAAGGUUGUACGAUGAAUUGUCUCACACAAAAAGUAGUCAGCUUCUCAGUUUUCCUGUUGGAUGACACUUUGCAGUGUUCAAUAUUGUUUUUAUGAUGGAAUGUAAAUGGGUACUAAGUGUGUAUUGCAGCUGAAUAAAGCACAAAUCUACUGUUUUUAAAAAAAACAUGUAAGAUGAGAAAAAAGACGCCAGUCCUACAUUGGAUUGUGGAAAACGUACAGCAUCAUUUACGUAACUCCCUUUUUCACCAAUAAUACCGGGAACUUUUUUUUUUACCCUGGUAAAAUAAUUAAUAGUAAGGCAUACGUCCACCAUACGUUAGGCUUAUAAAGUAUGUCUGUUCACUUUUCUCUUUGCUAGCUUAAACAUGGUGGGUGAACAAAAUCAGGGUUUCUCAAAAUACCCACCUUACUACGACGCAGCUUUUCUGGGAAAAAUGUCACCUGCGUAAAUUUGCUGAUUUCUUGUAAUUUCCCUGGUAAACGAAAACAAUUCAUAUGGUGGAAAAGGGCCUAUUCGUUAUUUGUGUCAUUGUUUUUAGAAAAGUUCAUAAGUGUGGAAUGUGUGUAUAAUAUUUGGCAAGUUCAUGUUAUUUAUAAGGCUUUGACCAUCAUAUUUAAUCAUUGCUGUUACACAAGUUUUACUUUUUGAAUGUAUGAUCUGAAUAAAAUAUUUUAAGUA